AUGCCCAGGAACGGAUCAAGAAAUUUUAUAACAGAAGAAAAACCUUCUUCAUACAAUGAUACUUUAGACCAAUCAGCUUUACCAAACCUAAAUUCAAAUUGGGUAAAUUAUAAAGGUGCCUGGAUUAUUCACAUUAUUAUAAUUUUUUGUAUUAAAAUAGUUUUCAGUUCAAUUCCUAAAGUUUCACCUGAAGCAAGUUGGACCUUUACAAAUUUAUCUUAUAUGUUUGGAAGUUUUAUAAUGUUUCAUUGGGUAAAAGGGGUCCCGUUUGAUUUUAAUUCUGGUGCUUAUGAUGGAUUAACUUUAUGGGAACAGAUUGAUAAUGGAGCACAGUAUACACCAGCAAAAAAAUAUUUAACAGCUGUUCCUAUCGUAUUAUUCUUACUUAGUACACAUUAUACGCAUUAUGAUGUUUUUACGUUUCUAAUAAAUUUUACAUUUUUAUUAGUAGUGCUUAUUGCUAAAUUACCACAAUUACAUAAAGUUCGUUUGUUUGGAAUUAAUAAAGCUUGA